AGGAGACCAACCAAGAAGGGGUGAGCCAAAGCCAAAUUCCCUGACAGUCUGUUCAUCUUCAGCAUGAGGAAAGUGCUGCUCCUGGGUCUCUAUGUAGUAUUGGCUGUGAGAGGAUUGGCAAAGGGUGCUCCUUUCCAACCAGAAGAGAAAUGGAAGCCUCUUGAUAACCCCAGAAACAGAGAUUUGUUUUUCAGAACUCUCCAGGCUUAUUUCUCGGGCAGGGGCCUCGAUCUCAGGAAGUUCCCAGCUACUUUCACUGUGAACAAUGAAGGACCAAGGCCUGUCAUGUUCUACUCAGAUCCUGUUGCUUCUGCAUUUGCAGAUUACGAAGAAAGGAAAAAAUCUUUUCAGAACCAUUUCAAAGGCUGA